GGUUUCCCCGUUGACUCAAAAAACACCAGUUCAGCGAUUUUCACCAGUCCGGCCCAAAAAAACACCAGUUCGGCUAUUGCGCCGCACUGAACAGGUAAAAAUGAGCUGGUGUUUUUUUUUUCAGAGCUGGUAGAAAAGCCCAUCUGUAUUUCACUUGUUUUUCUUUUGCGUGUUCGGGAGGCGAAGCGGUACAUAGCGGGAUCGAGUCGUUCCUACAGCAGUUGCGCGCAACACCCAGUGGCGAGGCAGCUGGGAGUCUUGUGUAUCAGUGGGUGUGGACGUGUCCUUCGGUGGGUUCCGCUGGGAGAGUGAUUUCUUCUGGAGAAGUGGUGUUUUUUGCACGUUUGAAGUCGUCACGUCCUCUUGAUUGAACCGAAAUCAAAGCGCGUGCAGCGAGGAGUGCCUUGGUCGUGAGUACAGAGUACUCGUGCUCGCGGCGGCGCAGGAACCCUGCGCCGCGCCGCGCACGCGUCUAGAGUUGCUGAUUUCGCUUUCGCGGGCACGCCAAGUGUGGUGGUCAGGGAGUUCUUUCUGGUUGCAUGGGCGACAACAGGGACGGCGUGUUAGACUUGACUCACCUGAGCACGGAUAACAACUCGACUCUCUUGUACGAGACGGACUCGGACCCGGACAUGUUCAGUGUCCACACCACUCCGGGGAAGCCGAGGGUGCGUCAGCCGCAGCGUUCGUCGCCUCGAAUCCGCGACCGCCGGGGUACGAAGGUGGACGAUGCGAGCUUAUCGCCUACCUCGUCACCUGCGAGUGGUCUCAACUCCCCGCAGACCGGGGGGGUCGCGUCAUCAGCUAGCCGCAGGACGUCCCCGCGCACCCCGAAGCGGACGAGUGCACCCGAGGACGAGGGAUACGAGACGAAGAACGUUAAGCCUGUUCCCCAGCGUUUCAGCCGUGCUGCCGGCGGGAAGGACGGCGGCGGCGGCGACAGUGAUGAGGCGGAGGGAGAGUCCUCGCCGGGCACCGGGGGUAGUAGUGAGGGCNCGUUUCAGCCGUGCUGCCGGCGGGAAGGACGGCGGCAGCAGCGGUUCUUUCGGGUCACCGCUUCUCGUCAGCUCAAGCCAAGGCAGCGGCGACAGUGA